AGCAAAGAGGCAAAAGAUCCCCCGGCUCCUCUCUGGUCUUCCCGUUUUUGUUUAAACUUAUCUUCCUUCUGUCCCCCGCGAAGUCUUGGCGCACGUUUCGUUCUUCUCAUGUUCAAGACUUGAUCAGUCCGAAAGCCGUUCCUAGCGAUUGGGUUGGCUUAUCGGACCACGACCCUUGUACUAUCAAACAUGCAAAGAGCUCGUCCUCCAUACCUGCACUUACACCGAGAACCGGGUGCUCACCACCACCACAACCGUCACCACCACCACCUAUAUUAAACAAAUUGUCAGCUUCCUGAAGCUUACCCCAGGACAGCUCCAACGGGCGAGUCGACUCCCAAAAUGAGCCCUCCGUCUCAGCCUGCCAAGGCCACCACCAACAACAACAGCAACAACUCACCUCCAGACUCCCACGCUUCUGGCAACAUGUCGGACGACGAAUCCGCAGCUCCUUCUGCCAAUGGCUGGCCAGUCAAGGAGCCGCCUUCUCCGAGUGGAAGUGCCCAUUCUGGCUCAGACAUGGACGAAAAGCCCGGCGAAGCUGGAUCCAACGCCCCCGUGCAGAAGCGUCGCCGUGUUACCAGAGCGUGCGACGAGUGUAGGCGCAAGAAAAUCAAGUGCGAUGGCAAGCAGCCUUGCACCCAUUGCUCAGUUUAUAGCUAUGAAUGCACAUAUGACAAGCCCUCCAAUCGGCGGAGAAACCCUGCGCCCCAGUACAUCGAGGCAUUAGAGAGCCGCUUGCAGCGCGCGGAGACUCUCCUGCGCAAAUUUAUUCCAGACGUCGACUUGGCUGACCCAACACUGGAUCCGGCCGUCCAGCAAGAAUUCCGCAACAGAGAGCACAGCAGAAUCCAGAGUGCCAAGCUCAGGCACGACCCUUUUGUAGCCCCAGAGAAGGAGGACCCCCAGCUUCUGUCCAUGAUCGAGUCCAUUGGCCAGCUGGACCUCGACGACAAGGGCGGCUGGGACUUUCACGGCGUAUCGUCCGGUGCCGUCUUCUUGCGGCGCAUGAAGGAGAACUUUCGAGGCAUGAUGGGCCCCGUCACAAAGGUGCCUUUCCUCCCACGGCCAGACAGACCUGCGGGCCUCAUCAACCUGGACUCGCCAGCCUCUGCAGCCAGCUCCCCGUUCGACUCGACAAUGUCCACCGCCCCGGAGCUUCCUCCGAAGGACGUGGCCAAGAGCCUCUGCUACCUUUCGCUCAACUGCGCGACGUGCCUGAUCCGCAUCGUCCACGUACCGACCUUUAACAAAAUGUUUGAACGAAUCUACGAGAAGCCAUAUGAUAACUACACCAAGGAGGAACACAAGUUCCUGGGCCUCCUCUACGCCGUCAUGGCCCUGGGGUGCAUGUACAGAAAUCUGGACGAGAAUGCGCCCCCCGUGGCCUACAAGGAAUCCGUCGAAGAAGGAAUGAAGUACUACGAUACCGCGAGGCGCAUCUUGCAAGACAUUACAGAGUGCCGAGACCUGACCUCGCUGCAAGCCCUUCUCUUUAUGAUUCUUUUCCUGCAAGCCACCUCGAACCUGAGCGGGUGCUACGCGUUUGUUGGAAUCGCUCUGCGGUCGGCCCUGCGCAUAGGUCUGCACAGAUAUUUGAAGCAUGAGAAGAUUUCCAUCAUUGAGCAGGAGGUGCGGAAGCGUGUAUUCUGGGUCAUUCGGCAGAUGGAUAUCUACGUCUCGGCUAUGCUCGGGUUCCCGCUGAUGCUCAACGCGGACGAUAUUGACCAGCCGUACCCCAGCGAGAUUGACGACGAGUACAUUACAAACGACGGCAUCCUGACGCCACCGCCGGGCACGUUUUCCUUCUUUGAGGCGUUCAACGCCCACACCCGUCUGAUGGAGAUCUUGGCCAAGAUCCUCAAGUUCGUCUAUCCCUUGAAAGGACUUGGCCAAAGCGUAAUGAAGGGCGACAAGCCGGGAGCGACGUACCUCAUCAGCUACGCCAACAUUAAAAGGAUCGAGGCCGAGUUGCAAGAGUGGUACGAGGUCCUGCCUGCGCAGUGGAGGCCGAGGCCAGACGGCCCCGUGGAGGUUAUUCGGGUGCGCCAUUUGCUGCGAUUCGCCUACGCACACGUCCAACUGGUUCUCUACCGCCCAUUCCUGCACUACGUUUCUCCUCGCCUCAGCAUGGGCAAGAACAUUGACGAGCUCUCGUACGCUUGCGCCGCAGCCUGCAUCAGCGUGUCGCGCAACAUUGUGCACAUUGGCAUUGAGAUCCGCAAGCAAAACGUGUUGGCCGGUCCGUACUGGUUUAUGCUGUUUACCGAAUUCUUUGCCAUCCUUUCCCUAGUCUUUUACUCGAUUGAGAAUCCGGAAAAGAUUGGAUCGGCAGAGGUACUGGAAGAUGCCAUUGCAGGAAGAGACAUGGUCUCGAAGCUGCAGUCCAAGAGCCAGGCCGCCGACAGGGUCACAGAGGCCCUCAAUGUUCUAUUUGAACAACUACCGGAGAGACUCCAGGAGGCCAAGUCCAGGCCAAUCCCUACCAAGAAGCGAUCGGCACCUGGGCAAAAGGCCAGCUCGAUGCCGAUUCACGGGCAUCCGGCCCUGCAACCGGGCAUGGGCCAGCGCCGAUCCGAGGAACUAAGUCGACCGUCGAGCGUGGUUAUGGCCCACGGAAGGAUGGCGCAGGUACCGCUUCGUGCGUCUUUUGACGGCGUGCCCAUCUCCGAGGCAGGAUACCAGGACCCGUCCCUCGCGAGCAACAUCCAGGACCUCCUCGGCAUGGACAUGUCAUCACGGGCGACGCCAGACUCGGUGAGCACGUCGGCCAGCUCAACACAGCGUCCGCCACAAGGGUUCCCUCCACCGCACAACAUGAACCAUAUCAGCAAACUCGACUCGCUUAUGUUCCCGUCGGAGGAUCCCUUCGCCUACCCCAAUCAACCGAUGAUGGAACUGGGAUACCAAAAGCCCGGGACAAACAACGUCAGCGGCCCGCAGGAGACGUUUAUGAUGCCCGGCGCAUUCGACGACAUUGACACUCAGCUCCUCGGCCAGUCUCCCGCGUACUAUCUUCAAGGACAGAGCCAGCAGCAGCAGCAGCAGCAGCAUUCACACCACCAGUCUAGCUACGACCUAUCGAGCAUGUACCAACAGCACUCGGGCUACUCUGGGAUACCGGACGCGGCUCGGAUCGAACAGGCACGACGAGCGCACAUGCAGCAGCGGCCUGCGGAGCUCGAGAGGAUGCUCGCAGAGACUGGCUACCAAGGCAACUGGGCAGGCAUGCUCGGCAGGAACGGAUUUCAGGGCCUAUAGGCAACCAUUUCGCUUCAAGUGAUACCCAGCAUUUAUUUGGAGCCCUGCUAGUUCAGGGUGCGAUUUAUUUUGGGCGGGGAUAUUUUAAAGAAAGACGUUUUUUUUCUUUCACAAGAGGAAAAGGAGACACACGACCGUAUCGAUCUAGGCGUUCCGGUCAUACUUGAUAUGGAUUUGAUCAAGUUUGCAUGGCAUCAUCAUCAAGGGAUGUCUGGAUUGGUCAAGAGGCUCACACGAGCCUUGGGGUUUUGGGAUUCAGGGUGGCCAAAGAGACAGCCCCCGCGAGGCAUACACGCAGGAGAGAGCGUGUAGGCAUAGACACACACACACAGCAGUUAUAUGUAGUUGUCAUUACAGCUAGCAUACGUUACAAUGGGACAUGGAAUUACCAAGACG